AUGGCCUUCCCCUUGCCUUCUCACCUCCCCCGCAAGGUCGAUGUGUCAUCCGAAAUAUUGUCUAAACUUGACUCUGCGACAUGGCAGACCUUGAACUCUUCAGUUGCGUCUUCCUGGUGCAAGGAGCUAGACGAAUGUAUCAGCCAGACGAAGAGACAAAUUCACGACAGAAUCCGCUCCGACAUUACUGCCUUCGACGUGCAGUUAUCCUCCGCGAAGUCUGCUCAAGAGCGACUGUCCACUCUGUCACAUGGCAUUAAUUCGUUGAACCAAUCCGUAUUUGACCCUGAAUCCGGAGUCACUUCCUUAACACUUGAAACGCUCAAGCGACAUCACGCCCUCGCUCAAGCAUCCUUAAAUGCAGAUGUCCUACAUGCCUCCCUGCAACACCUCGCGAAAUGCAAAGCACAACUUGACGUAGCACAAACGACAGCAGACACUGGUAACCUCCCGGAAGCCGUGCUGGCAUGUUCGGAACUCAAUCGGCUACUUGCGAGCAGCCCAGGGCCACUGGCGGAAGCUCGUGUAAUAGCGGAUAUGAAGAGAGUGUCACAGGUGAUCGAAAACCGCGUCUCUGAACUACUGGAACAUGCAUGCUCCGCCAGCCUCGUUGUUGUCGAGCAGCACAUUACAGUGCACCCUUCCGUCCUCGGCCAGUUUCUUCUAACAUACAAAUGCGUCCUGUCCUCGCUUUCACCAUCCGCGUUAUCCGCCCGCCUGGCCAGUUUACGCCGCGAUCUCACAAGCUAUUAUAUCGACCGUGUGCUCUGUGGCUCUACUUCCGUCACUUCAACCACUGAGGAUGAUCCGUCUGGCUUUGCUGUGCACAAAAUCCAAUGCUUCACGUCGAACGGUUCCAUUUCCCGUGACACUUCAUUAGAUACCCUCUCGCGUCUUCUCGACUUCCUCGACGAGAAAGUGUUCCCUCAUUUACCUCAACCACAGAGAGAAAUUUUUCCACGCACUUUUGCAAAACCUGUCACGUCGUCCAUUAUGACCAACGUGCUUACUCCUUCCCUGCCUUCGACAUUGGAAGGCCUCCCCAUCUUUCUUCAGCUAACGCGAAAGGCUGUCGACUUUGAGUCCAAAUACGUGGUGAACCUGCUUGGUGGUGAUUCGAUGGAAAGAAAAAUUAAGACAUGGGCGGACAACGUCUGUUCUCAUUACGAAAGAGCAAGGCGUGUGCACAUUCUUGGCACUGUUCGUAAAGUGAUUUUGGAACAUGCUACUCGCGUGGACAGUACGUUCAUGGCCGAGGUCCGUAUACCCGCCGAGGGUGUGCUACAUGACCAGAUAGCUGUUACGGAUCAGCAAGAUGUUACCGAAUGUAGCCCCUCUUCGGAAGACGCAUGGAACUUGGAUGACAACCAGAGCUUCAGUAUGAGCAAUUCGGGAUCAGCUGUGGAUGAACAAAGCUGGGGUUUUGACGAUGAAAUCGAGAAGCAGGAACAGCCAGCUGCUGUAGCUGAACCAAGCCCUGGAGCGAAAGCAGACCCUGAUCCGGGCGAUGCUUGGGGCUGGAAUGAUGACGAAACGCCAGAAGAACCCGUGGAUGACGAGGCUGGGACUGACUCUUCACAGGGCGGGUUGUGGGACGAUGACCCGUGGGGUGAUAACAAUGACUCACCCACUCGUUCAUUGGCGAUCCCAGCCAUUGCACCUGUGGUGAAGUCGCAGAAGUUGACUCGGGGGCAAAAAGUGGCCAGUGGUAGUUCCAAUGGUCCCUCCAAAGCCUCCCAAGACCCAAGCUGCGAUAGCAAAGAAAGAUAUCUCGUUUCGACUCUUACAACGGAAGUUGUGCGGAUCAUUGAGAAAUGUUUGGAGGAGGGAAAAGCCUUGGCCACCUCUCACAUAUUCCCUCAAUCUUCUACUUCACCCCCCGGCAAUCUGAUCAUGCAUUCGAGUUCCUCGGUUCUUGACUUGUACUGCGGAUUGUAUCCUGUUGUGGUCACACCGCGUCCAUCCGAUGCCACCGUACACGUGCAGUUUUCCAACGAUUGCUACUUCCUAUCGGAAGAGUUAGGCCGGGUGCUAUCGAAAACGAAGGCACCUUCUGAUGUCGAGGAGAAGCUACAAGAAGGUCGAGCCGACCUCAAAGUUCUUGCAGACAGUUGGUUCUACGAUGCCAUUGACAAGCAAGUAGCAGCUCUUUGCAGUACCCUUGCAAGUGUAAAUGGUUUCACCGGCACAUCCGAUCAGGAUCGCUAUGACGAAUGCGAAACAGCAGUUACAACGGUUCUACAAAAUAUCAAACGUCUCGCUCGAGCUUGGAAGAAGGUCCUCCCGAAGGGGAAGUACUACAUCGCAAUGGGGAACGUCGUUGAUGGUGUAUUAUUACGCAUACUUGAUGAUAUAUUGGCCAUUCCGGACAUACCGGAGGUGGAGUCGCAUAAACUGGGCGAACUCUGCAGGAUUCUUUUUGCCCUUGAAGAGUUAUUUGUUGAGAACGCGGAAUCCCUCGUGGUCUCUUUCGUUCCAUCGUGGCUAAAAUUCUCCUACCUAUCUGAACUUCUGGCAACCUCCAUGGCGGAUCUCACUUACCUCUUCGACGAAGGCGCAUUGGUAGACUUCGAGAUCGAGGAACUCGUCAAGCUCGUCCGCGCCCUCUUUGCAGAUACCCCACUGCGAGCAAAGACUCUGAACAAAAUUAUGAGUGGGCAUCCUUUCCGAUGAUAGAUUCAUCCCAGUGAGCCCGUCGCCCCCAUCCGACCCGUUUCUUGCUUUUGCGGUCGUGAAAGCAACGCGUGUCGCUCCCGUCCGUAUCUGUCCAAUAUCUCGUACACUACUAAUGUGAAGCUGAAUGACAAUGUUGACGUUUGCCGUGACGAAGUAUGUGUUAACUAGUCAGAGUUAGGAAAUUGGAAAUCUUGAGGUAG